AUGAACCCCCACCUCUCGAGCUCGCUGCGCCCUUCCCUCGACAUCGCCCGCUUCGCCGGGCGGUGCGUGGGGAUCCUCAUCAUGUACAAGCGCGUCUUGGACGCCGCGCUCGCGCCGGCGUUCUUCAAGACGCUGAUGGGGAGAAGGCCGGGCCUGGAGGAUCUGGAGGCGGUGGAUGCGGAGCUGUAUCGCGCGUUGCGGUGGAUGUUCGAGAACAACAUCACGGACGUACUUUUCGAGACGUUCAGUAUCGAGGAGGAGACUUCUACUGGGCUGCGCGUGGUCGAGCUCAUUCCUGGCGGCGCGCAGAUCCCAGUCACGGAAGCCAACAAGAAAGAGUAUGUCGACGCGCGCGUAGGACAUCGAUUGAUCGGUCGCGUCCGACAGGAGCUGGACGCCUUUAGAGACGGAUUCACGGGAUUCGUCCCUAUCGAUCUCCUUCGGCGGUUUACCGAAGGCGAACUCGCCGUGCUGAGCUGCGGGCUGCCGGAAAUCACGAUCUCCGGGUGGCAGCGGAGGACGCAGAUUCGCGGCUACGCGCCCGACGAUUCCGUUGUUGCCUGGUUCUGGGACUGCGUCCGGGGCUGGGACGUCACGCGCCUGGAGAAGCUGCUGUUUUUUGUAACUGGGAAAACUCGUGUGCCCUUGGGAAGCCCGCACGAGAGGUCUCGUUUGCCUCGGGCUCCCGAUGUGUUCAUCAUAGAGCGCGGUGGUGAUCCGGGAUCGCUGCCGACAAGUCACGCGUGCUCCAGUACGUUAUACUUGCCGCCGUAUCCGAGCCGUAGGGUGCUAGAGAAGAAGCUAUUGUACGCUAUCGAGUGCGUGCUUCAUCAUUUACGGUCAAUGCGCAUGUGCAUGCUGAUUAGCUCCUAG